AUGACACCACUAAUACUCACGUCUGAUAAGACGAACGUCACUACAUUAGCUGCUUUUUCCGUGUGUUUUCCUGAUCAAGUAGAAAAAAAGCUUAGUACUGCAUAUGGUGAACCACAUUGGACUAAUAUCAAACGCGCUCUUGCUCGACCGCCUGGGUUCACUGCUAUUCGAGUCAAUACGCUACAAUCAACGCGUGAAGAAGCUCUAGAUGCUCUACAGGUUCAUCUGGAUACAUUUCAUACCGAAAGAGUACAAGCAGAUAGCAGUCGCAAGCCAAUAAAAGCGUUUGUCCAUGCCUUUUUACCAGAUGUAAUCAUGAUCCCGUCCUGUCCUAGUGGAAAUGUCCCAGUCGAGUAUGAUUCAGGAUUAAAAAGUAUCGUAGUGGAUCGACAUUGUGGUGAAGCAGUUUUACGUGGAAGUGACAUCUUUGCUCGAGGAAUUAUGAGUGCAAGUAGUGGGAUUAAGGCUCAAGACGUGGUCAAUGUAUUUGUGGAUUUAGACCAUAAUCAUACGCGUGGAAGUGACUUUGCUACACAUCAUGGACGUAAGCUAUUGAUAGCACGUGGUGUGACUAAGAUGGCAAGGACAGAGAUCUUUCGUGCUCUAAAAGGAUUAGCAAUUACUCACUUGAUUCGAGUUUGUCCUGAUGCACCGCCAAUGAAUGGAAUAUUGCGAGGACAGAUUUACGUACAGAACUUACCGUGCUCAGUUGUUGCACAUGUAUUGAAUCCGCAAGCGGGUGAUGUCAUUCUUGACAUGUGUGCAGCACCUGGAGGAAAGACUUCUCAUAUUGCGACUCUAAUGCGAAAUAAUGGCACACUAGUAGCUUGUGAUCGCUCGAAACGAAAAGCUCUCGCGUUACGAACACUGUGUGAAGAUCUUCAACUUGAGUGUGUUGUACCACUUCAGAUGGAUUCAACCCGUGCCGUGUUACCUAAAGAGAAGGUCAAUGCAGUGCUGGCUAUUGCACAAGGUAACGACGAUCAUACAAGUGUGACACAGGUACUAGCUCAUGCAAAGGAGAAUACUCCAAGUCAAGCACGCUUACUACAGGUGAAGGGAUUUUUUCCUGAGACCUUUGACCGUAUCUUGCUGGACCCACCUUGCUCGGCGCUAGGCUUGCGUCCACGGUUGCUUCAGGCUGGUGAUGCCAACAACUUGGCGGAAUUUACCAAGAUGCAGCGCAAUUUUUUGUGGGUAGCAGCAUUUUUACUCAAACCCGGCGGCACGCUUGUGUACUCAACGUGCACUAUUAAUCCGCAAGAGAACGAGCAGAUGGUGCAUUACGCGCUUGAAAAUUACCCCUUGAAACUGGUUUCUCAAGGCAAAGCUCACCUCGGCGAUCGAGGACUGCUAGGUCAAGGCCUCAACAAGCACGAAGCGUCUCUCGUACAGCGAUUUGACCCAUCAAAUACCAAGCUGGAUACCAUGGGCUUCUUUUGCGCCAAGUUCAUAAAGACAGGGCCCCUUUCGAACAAGUAG